AUGUCACAUUCAAGUCAUAGUACAAUUAGAGACAUACAACAAGAUAUGUAUUUUGGUACAGAAGUUCUUAAUCGUGUAUCAUUCUUAAGAGAAGAUAAUGAAUUUAUAACUCAAAGUAUAUUUCAUCCUUCAACAAGAUUUAUAUUUUAUCAACGUCAAAAACCUUUAAUUCAUAACAAGAAUAAAUUAACCAUAUUAACUAAUGGUUCUAAUCAAAUUAAUUUAACUGAAUUAAAUCAUGGGAAAGUUGGAUUUAGUAGUGAUACUGGUAAAUUACUGAUUCAAACAGGAUUAUUUGAUGGUAUUCCUCAAUGGAAAUCUAUUUUACAUACUUGGAAUAAUGAUAAUCGUAAUCAAUCAGUCACAAUUAGAUCAGGCAAUAAACCAGUUUUCUUAUUUUUAGGAUUACUUGAUGAAAGUGUUGGAUUAGAUUUAUAUUCAUUAAAAUUUGAUGAUGAAUGUUCUGAUGAAAAAUAUUUAGAUCAUCAAGGUAGAUAUCAAGGAAUUGCCUAUUAUGCAGUUGAUAUAACCCCCAAUCAAGAAUUAUCCGAUUCAAUCAUUUCAUUCGUCAAUAAUUAUAUCAACCAAGCUUCACAAACACCGGAGAAAUCUCCCUUGGAUAAUGGAAUCUUUUUUACUCAUUCAAGAAAACAUUUCCUUGGAUUCGAACAUAAAGAAGCUUCAUUAUUCUCUCAUGGGGCCAUGUUUUUCCAUUGGUUAAAUAAAAAUCGAUUCUGUCCCGGGUGUGGCGAACCAACUAUUCCAAUCCAUGCUGGAGGGAAAUUAUAUUGUACAAAUACAAAAAUCGACAUUAAUGAAGAUGAUCCAGAAGGGGAAGGUGAAAAAUUCGCAUGUCCAGUCAAAAGUUCCCAUGUUGCCAAUGUAUCUUUCCCCAGAACCGAUAUGGCAAUCAUCUCAACUAUUGCCAGUAGAGAUAGAUCCAAGAUUUUAUUAUCCUUAUCUAAACGAUAUGCAAUCACCAAGAUGUAUUCAUGUACCGCCGGAUUCAUGGAACCUUCCGAAACGGUAGAAAUCGCCACUAAGAGGGAAAUAUGGGAAGAAACUGGGGUGAAUUGUAGUGAGAUUGAUAUAAUUAUGACUCAACCUUGGCCAUUUCCUUCGAAUUUGAUGAUUGGUUGUAUGGGGAUUGUUGAUUUUAAUGGCGAGAAUGAAUCGAUUCAUUUGGGUCAUGAUAAUGAGUUAAGUGAUGCUAGAUGGUUUGAUACUGAUUUUGUGAGGAAAUUGAUAUAUCCUGAUGAAUUAAGUGAGGGGGAAAAGGGUGAGUUUAACCCGGAGGGGAUACUUUUACCAAUGCCGGAAUCUAUUGCUUUCCAAUUGAUUAAAUUGGUGGUUGAUGAAGCAAAUAAGAAACACAAGUUGUAG